AACGACGCCGAAAACAAUUAUUUUUUGGGCUCUGCCUUGCCUUCGGUCUCAUUCUUUCUUUUAAAUCUGAUAACUUUGAUCAGACCAUUUCCUGCGACCACGAGCUUUCUAGUUCUCACUGAUUGUUCCGGGAGCCAAACAGAUUAUUGGAAAAUUGUGGGUUUAAUGGACAAGGUCGUGGAGGAAGUGGAGAAGGUGAAGAAGGAAUGGGAUGAAGCGUAUGCGAAAACGCAAGGCCACAUUAAGGCAAUUGAAGAGUACGGCAAAUCAAGAAGAGGAGGAGGAGGAGAAGGAGAAGUAGAUGCAACCAAGGAGAAGAAUUCUCUUCCUAGAUUGAAUGGAUUAGCACAAGAUGGUUUGGCUUUGCUCCAAUCUUUGCAAUUUAAGCUUGAUCUUCUCGCUCCUCAAUUGCCUACUGAAGAGAAUGUGAAAUCGGCACAAGUCUUGCUUGAAUCGUGGAAGAAACAAUGCCAAAAUGUGCGGGUGAGCUUGAGAAAUGCUAAUUUGCAAGCCAAGGCUAACAUGAGAAAAGCAGCUCAGGAAGAGAGAGAGCUUCUACUGGGUGGUGGAGAAGAGUCCACAAUUCGCAGACGCAAUUUGCAGACUAAGGCUGGGAUGACAUCUGCAGCAGAAAGCAUCACAGAAAGCCUUCGACGAACUCGUCAGCUAAUGGUUCAGGAGGUUGAAAGAAGUGCUAGCACACUCAUGACUUUUGAGGAAUCAACAGGUGUAUUAAGGAAGGCUGAAACUGAAUAUAAGGGCCAUCGCUCACUGUUGAUGCGGACCCGAAAUUUACUCUCAACAAUGCAACGUCAGGAUGUCAUUGACAGAGUGAUACUUGCAAUAGGAUUUAUCUUGUUCUCUUGUGCUGUCCUUUAUGUGGUUUCAAAGCGUAUUGGACUGCUCAAGUUGCAGAGAACAGUUACUGCUGCCAUAAAAGCUGGUAUGGCUCAACAAGGUGAUAUUAGACGAAGAGGUGUUGAAAAUGGGCCUGGUUUUGCUCAGGUUUAUCAAGAUGCAGUUCCCAAGGUGGAGGCACCUUUAGGAGAGCCUAUGCAUGAUGAACUUUAAGAUUGUAGGUUUUCCUUGGAACAAAAAGAAAAAAAAAGGUGCGUAUACUAUGCUAAUUGCUAGUGCUUCUCAGCUUCUUUUCUUAUUUCCUUGGGCUGCCUCUCACUUCAGCAAAAUCAAGAUAUAGCCAUGCAAUGGGCUCCAAUUGUUCUCAUGUUUACACAAUUGUUUUAUUUUGUUUUUAGAUUACUUUGGCGUGAUUUAUGAAAAUAGCUUGUUAUUGGACAGUAAGAGAGAGAAAAAAUAGAAUAAAGGAGAAGAAUAGAAGUUGUUCUCUACUGCUAUUUCCUUUUUGUAUGCAUUUUUACAACACUUAUGUUGGCACAUACAUGUAAUACACUCAAUUAAAUAGCUAAGAUAAGAACAGUAAGAAGACAAUGAGGGGCCAAAA